CUUGUGGAAGAAAAUAUUAGAAGAGUUACUUAACUUGAAGCUUCAUUCAAAAUUGUACUGUAGAUGAGUCCAUGUUAGCUUAUAAACCCCACACUAGUAGCUCUUGUGCACUUAUUCCCUCCCUCCUCUUUCUUGGGGAAGAAGAAGAAGAAGAAGCAGAGUUUUCUCUCACUCUGUUACAUUACAUUGCAGUGUAAAUCUGUAUGAAAACUAGAAUGCUCAAAUGCCUCUCCUUCAAAUCAUCCACCUCAUCCUCCACAGUCCAAAACCCCUCCCAAGAUGAAACACCCAGCAUCUCUGGCGAGUACCACCUCGCCGUGCACACCACAUCCUACACGGAGAUCCGCUCGAGCGUGGAGGCCCAAGCCCACCACCUGAAGCCCACGCGCGAGCGCGUCCACGAGGCCCUCCCAUCGACCCCCACGGGCCUCACGCGCCUCCUCUCGACCUUCUUCGACCACACCGAAACCGCCUCCGACCUCUGCCUCCAGCUCCGCGUCCCCGCCCCCCUCCACACCCUCCUCCAAACCCUAGACCACACCCACCCCACCCCACGCGACUGCGACCGCGCCCUCCAACUCUUCCACCCCUUCCAAACCCUCCAAAACCCUAUCCCCGAUUCCAACACCUUCUCCGCCGUCCGCGCCUCCCUCUCCGCCCUCAAAACCCUCCUCCACCGCCGCGCCGCCGCCUCCCUCUCCCGCCUCCGCCUCUUCCGCCGCGCCCUCCGCGGCUCCGCAAUCUGCCUCGUCGCCGUCGCCGUCGCCGUCAUUGCCGCCACCGUCGCAGCCACCGUGCACGCCGCCGUCACGCUAGCUGCCGCCGCCGGUGCUGCUGCUGCGCCGGUUUGUGGCUCUGAGAGGAGAGAACUUGCGAGGCUGAGGCAGCUUGAUGCUGCUACGAAAUGCGCUUUUGUGUUGAGCAAUGACCUCGCCACCAUCGACGCCCUGGUGGCGCGGCUUCGCGCCACCGUGGAGGGGAAUAGGGUUCUGGUGAGGCUUGGGUUGGAGAGGGAGAAUGAGAGGUACCUUGUGCAGGAAGUAAUCAAGCAGCUCUGGAAGAGUCACCAGGGGCUUUUGCGCCAGAUUGAGGAACUUGAGGAGCAUAUAUUCCUAUGCUUUUAUAACAUUAACAAGGCUAGACUCUUGGUUCUUCAAGAGAUAUGCAGUGACUCCGAUUUGUAAGUUUGUUCUGUACUAUGAUCUUUUGCCAUGCAUAGAUUCCAGGUAUUAUGCAAUUUAAAAUAUUGCUAGAUUCUAACCUAGACUGUUAUUUAACAAUUAAAAUUUGAUGUGCCUCCUAUAAUAAGGGUCAUCUUGUACCAAUACUGUUUUGAAUAUCCAAAUCAAACAUUUUAAUAUUAAAAAACAAGUUAAUCACCUAUACACUGUCAGUGUAAAGUUUUUUACACUGGCAACCAAUCAGAUUUGUUAAUAAGAUUUGUUAAUAGUACCUUUUUUAUUUUAAUUUAAUUAAAUGAGCAAAUGACAUGGCAUUAUUAAUAGAUCUGGUUGGUUGUCAGUAUAAAAAAAAUUUACACUGACAGUGUAUAGGUGAUUAACUCUUAAAAAAAUUGACAUCACAAUUCACAGGUGAGCAGGCAUACUUGGUUUACUAUAUUUUUUAAAUGGAUAAAUAGAUUUAUUUUACUAGCAAUUAGACAUUUUCCAAAUCUUUUUGGCUAAAAUAGUAUUUUGGUCCUUCAUUUUUAUUUUAGAUUCCAGUUUGAUCCCUUAAAGUUUAAGUCUUUGUUUGGUGGGGUUGAUUUAAUAGGGAGGGAGAUGAAUUAUAGUGGAUUUGAAAAAAAACACUUGUAUUUAGUGGAGAGUAUUUCACGAGAAUUGUGAGGAAUUAGAAGUGGGAUCCCACAUUAUUUUUUAUACCCUCUUCAUUGAGGGGAUUCUUGGGGAGCUUGAGAGAUAUGUAAAAUUACAAGUAAAAAAAUAAUAAUUCAAACUAUAUUAUAAAGAGAUGGUAAAAUAAUAAUUCUAAAUGUCAAUUUCAUCCUAUUUUUCAUCUAAUUUCACUAUCAAAUUACAAAUUUCACACUAUUCCACUCUAUUUCCUAUCAAAUCAAUUCUUACUUAUUUUUUCCAUUCUCAUCUAUUUCUCUCUAACUCAAACAAGACAUAAAAGGUUUCAUUUUGCUUUCUUAAAGUGUCUUCAAUAGUCAAAUUGGUCUUUCAGUCAAUUGUUAAGAUUUUUGUUCUGAGACUAUUAAUUUUGACCGAUGUGACAUUCUCACAACUUGGAAUGAGUAACUAAAGUGAUCAAACUGGUCUGAUUCAUUGAAAGAACCAGUUUGGUUUAACAUAGAUACUUUAAGGGAUCAAAGGGAAGCAUUUAAACUCGACCAAAUUGAAACCAAAAAUAAAAAUAAGGGGCUAAAAGAUGAUCCUUUUUUAAGCUUAUCUGCAGAUAUUAUUAAGAAAUGCAACCGUGAGAUCUUGGAAUGGUAGCUGUUGGGUGUUGAUCUCGGCUGUAAAACUGACUGUGAGCUGCUGAGCAAUGGAUGAACAGUGCAAAACAUAAAUCUUGGUUACCUAGAUUCAACAUCUGAUGAGACCAUUGGGGAUGUAAGGUAAAUCCUAUUGCUCCACUGAUAAUGUAAAUAAAUUAUUCUAAUGACAAUAGUGAAUGAAAUUGGCCAAGAAUUUUAAAUGUGUUUACUAAAGGUUUUACAAACAUGCAAUGAUUAAAAAUAAUAAAGAAUGAGACUGGCACAUAUGAAAUUAUGGGACAUGAUUAUUGACAAUUAUUCCAAAGCACCAUUAAGGAGCGAUGUUUCCCUGUCUUGCCUUAAGGAUAACCUCUUCAGUGGUGGUGCCUAUUAUCUCGUUUGCCCGUUUCAGUCCAACGCACUGAUACCGGCCAAUGAUAUCCUGAAUACCAAGGAAAGCUUCUAGUCAACUAAAAAUUAUUGGUUUUCAGAGCAACAUGGAUUAGGUAUCAACAAUAAAAGUUAUCUCCAAUUAGUUGUAUCAGCAUCUCUGCUAAUUUAGUUUGUAAAAUUAGUUCAGUUGUUUGAUGCAUUUUUAUAAAGUGAUUUGAUUUGAUUUUUUGAA